CGCAACGGGACACAGUGCGGAUCCUAGCGCUGAGAAUACAGGCGUGCAGGCUAUAAAUACAAAUAAAUAAAUAAAUAAAUAAAGGAGGAGUGUGAGGGUACACCAGAGAGAAUACAGCACACACACACGCACACGCUCUCUCGGCUCGCUCGGUGGGGUCUGCUGUCGGUCCACACACACACUCUCUCUCAGGGCUGGGCUUUUUUCCACGCAGGCUAUGCGGAGGCUCUCGGUGGCAGUAAAAGGGGGAAUGGGGUGGUGCUCUUUGCCCCGACAGCUCCAGCUGCUCCGGGUGGCAUGAAGCGACAGUUAUCUGGUGAAGGAGAAGAGGAAAAAAGGAAAAGGAGGAGGAGAAGAAAAAUAUCAACGCCGUUUGGGACGCAGCGGCUCCACUGACGCCUCACGCACACUGAGCCGGAUCUCUCUCUCUCUCUCUCUCUCUCACGCUCUCUCUCUGGGCGUGUUGGUGCGUGCGCGCGCGUGCGUGUGCUUUAGGGUGGGGUGGGGGGGUCUGUAUACUGUAUAAGGGACGGCAGAAGGCCCUGUGAGUGUGUGUGAGCGUGUGUGCAGGGUGUUCAGGUUAGGGUUUGGAUCCGUGGUCCCGUUUUUGGAUUCGUGGAGGAUGGGAGAGCGCGAGGAACAGGCAAAGCACGAGGGGCUGUGGAAGACUCCCACCUAAUACAGGGCAGUGAUGCCGGGCAUGGUGAUGUUUCGGCGGCGCUGGUCAGUUGGCAGUGAUGACCUGGUGCUGCCCGCUCUCUUCCUCUUCAUACUGCACUGCAUAUGGCUGGUGGUCCUGUCCGUGGUUCUGUUCGGCCUGCCGUACGGCUCAGACGAGUCAUGCUCAGUCACGCUGGUGGACCACGGCCGCGGCUACCUGGGAAUCCUGGUGAGCUGCCUGAUCUGUGAGAGUGCAAUCAUGUGGCUGAGCAUGAGAGGCAGCAUCCUGUACACUCAACCACGAGAGGCCGUCCAGUACGUCCUCUACAUACGACUGGCCAUCCUGUUGGUGGAGCUGGUGUAUGCUGUGGUGGGAAUCGCCUGGCUGGUGCAGUAUUACCAACCCUGCUCUGAUGACACUGCCAAAAACCUCGCUCUGGGAAUCGUGGUGUGUAACUGGUUGGUUAUCUUCAGUGUGUGUUUCACCAUGAUGUGCACUUUUGACCCCACGGGACGAACCUUCGUCAAACUGAAAGCCACUCGCCGUCGCCAACGCAACCUGACAACAUACACACUCAGAGAAAUCCCAAACCUGUGCUGGACUCUGGCUCUCCAGGACCGAAGUUACACUCCUCUGACUCUGUCGCUCAGACAUAGAUUGGAGGAGGGUCAGGCGAGUAGUUGGAGUCGGAGGUUAAGGUUCUUCAUGUGCUGCACUCGAGCGCAGGACUCUCAAUCUGAUGCGUACUCAGAGGUGGCCAGCCUCUUUGCUGAGUUCUUCAGGGAUUUGGACAUUGUGCCCAGUGACAUCAUCGCAGGCCUGGUGCUCCUCAGACAGAGACAAAGAGCCAAGAGAUCUGCCAUUUUGGAACAGCCAAACAACGAUAUUUUAGCCUUCCUGUCCGGAAUGCCUGUAACGCGCAGUACCCGCUACCUGGACCUCAAAAACUCGACGGAGAUGGCCAUGUAUAAGGAGGUGUGUUAUUACAUGCUGUUUGCGAUGGCUGCGUAUGGCUGGCCCAUGUACCUGCUGAGAAAACCAGCCUGUGGACUCUGCAGGCUCCUCAGCUCCUGCACCUGUACAUCUGGAUCUGGCUCUCGUCUGUCUCAGUCAGUAACAGUAGAGGAGGAUAACUGCUGUGGCUGUAAUGUUCUGGCCAUCCGCCGCCAGUUUCUGGAUCGAGACCUCAAACAGGUCCAAAUCGUCUACACAUCCUGCCAUGAUGCGGUGUAUGAGACGCCGUUCUUUGUAGCAGUGGAUCAUGGGAAGAAGAAAGUUGUCAUCAGCAUCAGGGGAACCCUGUCGCCUAAAGAUGCUCUAACUGAUCUCACUGGGGAUUCAGAGCGUUUGCCGGUUGAGGAGCAGCAUGGAGUUUGGCUCGGGCACAAGGGAAUGGUUUACUCAGCAGAAUACAUUAAGAAGAAACUGGAACAAGAGAUGAUUCUGUCUCAGGCCUUCGGGAGAGAUUUGAGUAAAGGAACCAUGCAUUAUGGGCUGGUGAUAGUGGGCCACUCUCUGGGCGCCGGAACCGCCGCCAUUCUCUCCUUCCUGCUCCGCCCACAGUAUCCCACACUGCACUGCUACUCCUACUCUCCGCCCGGGGGGCUUCUCAGUGAGGAUGCGAUGGAGUACUCUAAAGAGUUUGUCACUUCUGUAGUGUUGGGCAAAGACCUCGUGCCCAGGAUUGGCCUUUCUCAGCUUGAGGGUUUCCGCCGCCACCUUCUCGAAGUCUUACAGAAGAGCGAUAAGCCAAAGUGGAGGAUUAUUGUUGGUGGCACUAAGUGUAUUCCGAAAACUGAACUGCCGAUGGAGGACGAUCCUCCAUCUCAGGGCGUAACGCCUUCCAACUCUCGCCUGUGUUUACACCCCAGUGACCUCAGCAUAGCCCUGUCUGCCUCCACCCCCCUCUACCUGCCUGGACGCAUCAUCCACGUGGUCCACAACCACCCCCCUGAAACCUGCUGUGGUCAAGAAGACCCUACAUACUCCGCUCUAUGGGGUGAUAAUAAGGCCUUCGAUGAGGUCAUCAUCUCUCCAGCCAUGCUGAAUGAGCACAUGCCACAUGUGGUGAUGGAGGGCCUCAACAAGGUUCUGGAAAAUUACAAUAAAGGGAAAACAGCUCUUCUGUCUGCCGCAAAGAUCAUGGUCAGUCCUACAGAAGUGGACCUGAAUGCAGAGACCAUUUUCCUUGGAGCCUCCAACUCCCAGCAGCCCUCGCCGCCCACACAGCACCGCAGAAACAGCAGUGUCCGCUCCUGCGCCCGCUCAGAGAUUUCCCUGGACGGUUUUUCCGAGUGUCCUCCUCCACCCAUUCCCGUGGUGCUGACAGGGGCUCGAGAACGGCUGGCCGUGGAGCUGCGGGAGCGUAAGGCCCCCCUGGCGGUCAUGGAGAGCCUUUCGGACGUCGAGUCGGUCUACAGCCUGGACUCCCGCCGUUCCUCGGCCGCUCUGAGGGGGUCGCCGUGCCUGGGGUCAUUGCCCUUCCCCCUGGACGCUCCGAUCCCAGAGGAGAACCCGUCUGUGAGCUCGCGCACUGAGCUGCUGGCCGCAGACGGGCUUCUCCACGCCUCUCCGGAGCAUGAGCUCGGGGAAUCCGGACCCUACUGCCCAACGCCGCCAGAACUGACCGUUCCUUCCCAACACCUCCUGCCAAAAAGCCCGCAACAAAGUGGCCACGGUCCUCCGCUUCUGCUUGGACAGACUGCCAUAGGUCGGCCUGGCCAGCAGAGAGCAGUCUCACGGCCCUCUUCACAGACACUCGAGGUAAAUCAGCGGUUAACCGUCCCUAACAGCCAGGAAACGAACCCCGGCGCACCCUGGACAGGACCUGCGGAAAAGGAGUCUGAAGAGAAUGCAAAGGAUGGAGAUCUGAGGUCGCCCUCUGCUGGCCUGGAGGAGAAAAAACAAGAGGAGAAUCGAGUAGAGGUCAAAGUGGACAUGGAGAGUGGACUGUCCCUCACCACCCCACUGUCCAACGGUAACCCCAGCCAGGCUGUGCUGGAAUUCGCCCAGUACCUGGACUCUCUCUUCAGGCUGGACGGCAGCGGUUCUCCUCCUCUGGAGCUUUCUGAUGGAGAAUCGGAGUCUGGCCGAGGCUCCUGCAGCCAGGCGGAGGGUCAGUGCGAUGACCAGCACUCGAAAGACGCGGACAGGGACAGGCAGCUACUGGUCAGGGCUACUCUGGAGCCCAAUCUCGUCCCCAAGCCCCCUCGCACCUUUGCCGGCUCUGCGGACCCUUCGUCCGGCAUUUCUCUUUCUCCGUCCUUUCCUCUGUCCUCGUCCGGGGAGUUAAAUGACCUUUCACCCCCUGACGGGUCACUACCAGUCAAUCACUCCACUCUACGAACUUCCACUGCCUGUCCUUACGCUGAGGACAACACGUUGUCAUCCAUGGUGUAAGUGACCCACGAGCCUCUCUUGGCCCCGCCCCUUUCUCCUGUUUAUCUCUGUUGGUUUCACUACUGUUCAAAAGUUUGGAAUCACUGUUUUCAGUAUCAUAAGACCAGAAUGACUGCAGGUGUAACUGUAUAAAUCUUUUGAUUAUGAUUCUUUAGGAGACGAUUCAAUGUGUCAUUAAGUCUCACAUUUCAGUGUGAUUCAGUUGUUUAGGAAAUGACUCAUCAUCAAAUCAUGACGCAUCAUUAAAUCUCAAAUAACAGCAUGGUUUGAUUCUUUAGGAAGUAAUUCAGUGGGUCAUUAAAUUUCCAAUUUUAGCACAAUUCAGUUCUUUAGGAAACGAUUCAGUGCGUCAUUAAAUCUGAAAUUUCAGUUAGAUUUGAUUCUUUAGGAAACGAUUCAGUGCACAAUGGCUCAGAUUGCAUUAUCUUUUGGUACGAUUCAAAAUUAUAUUUAAAAAUACACAUAUUGACUAUUUAAACUGCAGUCGAAUACAGACAUUAAAAACAAGGCAUCAAGCUUUUAUGGAUAUUAAUAAAUAGCAUACUUUAUAAUCUUGACAUGACAGUAACAUCUCCAAUCAGUACAGUUGAAUCAUCACCUUCAGGUCGAUGCAUCACGAUGCACUGAUGCGUUUUUAUUAAGAAAAUUUUGAUGUGUCCAGCGUUAUGAAUGGAGCUGUAAAUAUUUACAUAAUAAUAGAGAAGACAGUAUAGAAUCAAGUAUAUAGUUGUAAGAGAAGUUCUCAUAAAAUUAACAUUCAGACUGAAGUUCUACAGAAAUUAAUAUCCAGAAUUGCUCAUAUUUAAAAAAGUAGUGAUGAAAUGAUAGUAAUUUACGGUAAUUAGCUGUGUACAGUGUAUUAUCAUUUAAGAGAAAAAAAAAGUUUUGAGUAAAACACCUAAACAUGCCCUCACUCACUGUAUACACUGUUAUCAAAUAAAAUAUCAGUGAUAUUUACAGUGAUUCUAAAUUUUUGAACAGUAGUGAAUACCACCCCCACCCCCCAAAAAACAGUGGGUGCACUUUUUAUUGCUUUCUCGGACGAGUGCGUAGAAACCUGCAUGCGUAGCAAUGCGACCUGUCCAAGAAGUCCAGGCCCGGUGGAGGCCUGAGGAACCACAGAGAGCAGAAAAAACCUCAUUUUGUUACUGUCAAGACAUUUUCCACACUGAAUGCAGUCUGCCUCAUGCGUCACUGUUACAGACGUGGCCGCCUGCAACCACGAGGGCGCCGGGCUGCUCCUAUAAAGACGUUAAUAAACACUAUCGCUGCCGUACGGAUGAAGCUUUGCACAAAAAAACGACCAGAAAUACACAUCGAGUCUAAUCUUAUCUUAUGUUUACAUUCAUAUUAACGCCACCGAACAAUAAAAUGUGUAAAGUUGCCGGAUUUGCAGGGAAUUCCUCUCGGAAGGGACAUGACAGGAUGGCAAAAAGGGACUGCUUAAAGGGAAAUUCCACCUAUUUUUCAAAAUUUCAAACGGAUGUUAAAGUCAUUCAGAGUAGUUUGGUGUGAAAUGGUUGAUUGUAGAGACCCAGACCAGGGGUCUCCAUGACUACAACAUAAACAUAGCCAUUUUAUUUGCUAUCCAAAACCACUAGCGAACCUACACGUCUUCUGAUUUUUAUAUGGAAUGUUGAUGAUGGUGAAUAGUGGAAAAUCUAAAUCGUGAAUACAUUUUGGACCAAAACUUUAAACCGAUGGACCUUUUAGAACACGUGUCAGGCACCACUCCUCGUGGGCAAAAACACUGCAGACUUCAGCACACUGCCUCAUUAAACACAGCUGAUUCAGCUCAUCAGCUCAUUAGCAAAGCCUUCAUGAACUGAAUUCAGAGCAUUAGAUGAGGGUAACACUAAUGUCCGCAGCACUUUAGCCCAGAAGGUCCCCAGUUUGACAUGCCUGUUUUAGAGGCAUUAACCUCUUCAGAUGUCUGGUUCCCAUCACCACCACUGUAAACAUCUGACUUGGUAAGUUUCUGUAGAACAGAGCAUUUCACACCAAAUCACUCUGAAAGACUCUGUUUACGUCGUAACAGUUUAAUCAUGCAGAAAUUUGGAAAAAUCGGUGGCAUUCCCCUUUAAAGUAGAGAGGCUAAUGUGUAAAGAGUUGGAGUUACAGAUAAGGUGACACUUCCUCAGGUUUUUAAAGAACAGAUGAAGAAAAGGUGGGUCUAAACUAAAAGGUAAUAUCAAAACCCAGACUUUUACAGAUUUUGGAGUGAAGGAGAUUUUGUGUGCAAUGUUCUGCUGAGUAUACGUAACAGGCAGCGCUCGAGAUUGUGUCCUUUUGAAGUGCAGGGGCCAUUUACGAUUUAUGAUUUAUGAUUGUGUUAUGGUGUGCAUGAGAAAAAUAAUGAAUGCUUAAUUUUUUGACAUUUAUUUACCAUCGUUGAUCCUUAUUCACACACAAAUACACUUUUAAUUUUUAAUUUUCAAGCUUUUUUUUGCCAAAACUAAAACCCUGCCAAAUAUAUGUAGAAAUUGAUAUCUUAUUUGAUUUUUAAAAUGAAAUUUAUGUAAUAAAUUGAUAUUUUUUUUUGUUCUUUAUUUGCAUUCUGACAUACGUUUGGCCUAUUAUCACUCAUGAAUGCACCGUGUAACAGUGAAAUGAACUGGACAGCAUCAGGCAUGCACCAAACACAAAAUACCACUGUUUUUGAAUGCCCUCUUUCUUUCAGCAUUAGGCAAGACUGUCUUUAUUAAAAUGCUCAAUUCAUUACACGUGAGCAUGGACUGGAGAAUUCAUAUCACACUGAACAAGAUCCAGUAGCAAACUGAUUUUUUUAGGGAGUCUCAUCUGCAUUUUUAUCAUUUCUACUGUUGUUGUUAUGACUAUAUUACAAUAAUAAUCGGUGGUUUAUCAUUAUGAUGAAUAUUUUAGUAACUGUUACAGUUUGACUUGCCUUUUUCUAUUAUUUCUGAAUGAAGUGUUUUUUUUUUGUUCUAAUUUGAGGCAUUUUAGCCUUUUUUUAUUAGAAGGAGUACAUCUUGUGUCUGUGUGAGGAAAAGUACAGCAGCGAAUAAUAAUAAUAAUAAUAAUAAUAAUAAUUAAAGUGUAUUUAUCAUGCACCUUUCACACAUUUAAAUGAAGUUUAGACAGCUUUAUUAAGACAUUUAAAUAAAAGCCAUGAGAACAAAAAAAAUUAAGUAAAUAAAAACAAAGAAAGAAAAUAAAUUAAUAGUAAACAAGUCAGCAAAUAAAAAAGGGUCUUUAACAAUAGGAAAUAUAACAUUGAAAAAGUGAAUGCCACUGUCAUUGUCCUGCGGAGUAACACAAAUAGCCCUGCCCACAAUACAAAUCAAACUCCAACAGCUUAAAUCAUUCUUAUAAAAUCAACAGAAGGUGUUUAAAUGUUUACACUCAUUGCCGUGUUGGUGCAGAUUAGUGCUUUGCGGUGUUGAAUACAAUGAAAAGAGUUGAAUUGGUUUGAUUCAAAUGUGCACAUCUGCAGCCGUAUGCAGAAGUUUGAACAUCAAAUUUCAUAUGUUGUGAACAUAAGCACAAUUUCUGUGCCGACAACAUACUGGAAAAAAAAAUGUCUCAUCACUUUUGCACAAGCUACAUUGUAUGAUUUGUUUUCCCAGUAUGUUAAAUUCAGUAAAUAAACAGUAGUUGUGUAUUAAAAUGUGCAGGAGUGUGUCUCUGUAGAGAACGUGUUCACUUAUUUACACUCAGAAAAUCAAUACAACAUGGAAUUUGACCGGGGGUGCCAAAACUUUUGCAUACGACUAUUUAAUUAGAUAUAUUACUUCGGCAUAAUUUCUGUCAGAAGUAAGUAAGACUGAAAGACAAAACUGUGUUGAUGUAUUUUAUUCAUGUAGAAAUUAUGUUCGCUUUUGAAUCAAGUCAGUUCAUCAAUUUAAUUAGUUUCCUGUUGUGCUCUACAGGUUAUAUGAUACACUAUUAUAUUAUUCACUAAUACAUUACACACUAAUACAGAAUGAUAAAGACAUUAAAUAAAAAAUAAUGACUAUUAUUAUUAUAAUUAUUAUUAUUAGUAUUAUUAAUAUUAUUACUACCACCAAGACAGUGAAACACAUUGUGAUAUAUACCCCUAAUUUUGCACAGGCCUUACUUUAUAAAGCUCUGCUCCUGUAUUUACAAUUACAGAUAGUGAUGCACUGAUUCCACUUUUUCUCUUCUGAUAUCAAUACAGACGUCUGAAUUCGAGAUAUGGGCCGAUACUAAGUACCAGUUCGAUAGCAAAACUCCUCUGAAAGACCCGUAACAUUGAAAACUGAAUUUACUUUCUUUCUUUUUUAUUUUUAAAUUAGAGACUUUGAUGUAGUAAAUAAACACUGAUAAAAUUUCAAAACUCUCCAGUCCAUACAGUCCAUAUAUGGAAAUUAAACUGCCCUGUUCACACUGAAGUUAUAAGGAGUGUUUCAGCCUGGACUGCUUUUAAAAAUGAGGCACAGUACAGGGCAGCCAAUCAGGACAGACCUCAUUUAUACAUGUCAGUCUUAAAGGCACAGUAACACAGCCUGUUUCAUUCUAAGGGAUGUGUUUAGGUCUGAAAGUGUUCAUUUUAAAAUGAAUUAUGACUGGUUUGGUGUAAAGAAAACCCCACAAAUGUCACAAAUAAAUUAAAAAAUGUAGGAUAUGGGCCCUUCAAAGCAUUUAUAGUUUUUAGUAGUAUAUAAACAUAAAUAUACAAUAGAGUCUAAUGUACAGUAAUUAUUUAAUUAGCACUGCAUUGCAAUUACAGCUAAAGUAAUGUAUUGACUGUGGAUCGUUCACUUCUGAUUGAUAUCUGUAUCAUUUAAUAAGGUCAGUAUGUGGGAUCAGUGCAUCACUAUAUACAACCUGGUGAAUCGUACAGUCACUCAGUAAUAUGAAUUUUAUAGUGGCGUGCUAUUUCAGACCAUUUAUUCUGCAGAUUGGGGUCAAAGGUCAUGCUUGUAUGUACAGUAUGUCGUCUACAAAGGCAAAUAUAGGCCCUCUUUUUGGAUCUGUUACAUUUGAGUCACUUCUGUCUGGAUUCCCUGCUGUACUUCUUCUCAGUGGUUGUGUAUAGCACUGUCUUCUUCAUGUGAUUAUUUUAUGCAAGUAUAAACCCAUCUUAUUUUCAGUCAUUUUUUAAUAAAAAAAUAGAAAAGAAUCCAGUGGGACAUUAUCAAGAAAAAUGGCUGUAUCAUGUAUCAUAGUGAUGACUUUAUCUGAAAUCUAUAGCUAUAUUGAUAUAUAUUAUAAAUGGGAAAAAAAGUAUUUAUCUGUGGAUAUAUGCUGAUUUAAGAAAAUCAAUGAUGUAGCCAUUGGUCUUCAACAGAAACAUAUUUCUUUCUAUUGUUGCCAGCUACCUUAUCAGUCCUUACUUUUCAUGAAUGAGAAUGUAUUUAAGACCUGCCUGCACAUACACACACACACACACACACACACAGACGCAUACACACAAACACACUACCCUGCCUGUAAAAGAAUAAAACAGUACAGAUUUCAGACAAACAAACACUG